CCAAUUUGAUUCCGAAACCUCAGUUUGGCUAAACGUAAAAUAUGCUUUUACAACAAUCUGGAUUUUGAGUUGCAAGUUCGAAGUGUCAACCGUAAAAAGGACACCUGAUUAUACUUGAAUAUUUCACGAGAAAGUUCCACAAGCUUUGCGCUCGGGCUUUGUGAAGUAAAUUUGCUAUGAGCAAAGUAAACGACCAAACGAAUUUCCCACAGAGCGAAACACGCUUGCCGAUCAAACAGAACGCCGCCGCCAUCGAAUCAACAAAUGAAACGUCGAACGACACAAAGGGAACGAAAACGACACCUCAGAAACGGUCCGAUGCUUAUCGUGUGGCGUUUUACGGAAGUCAGAAGGAAAAAGAAGCAUAUAGGUCGCAAAACAUAAGAUCGCAGCUGAAGGAACAAGUAAGAGAAAAAGACGAUCUACAACGUCAACAUUUGAUCGACAGGGUUGCCGAAAGCGACAAGGCGGUUGCUAGCGAUCGCAUGUCAAAACAGGAAGAUGAUGCCAUGAGAAAGAAAAAAGCGGAAUACCUCAAGCAAUUUAGCAACGGCAAUAAGAAGAUAAUGGAAGAAAAAGAAAUCUCCUCACGUAGAGUGAAAGAAGCGGAUGUGGAACUGGAAAGGAAGUUAUUGAACAUGAAUCCAAUCAAUUGGAACAUGACAUUACAUUAGCAAGAUUAUAGACGAGCUGCUAGACCAAGACAUUUUAUAACAAUGUUUCAUCAAAACGCUUUAUAUUCGUCUGCAUUUCAUUUUUCUAAAACAAAUCUCAAGAUGAACAUAACCAUCGAUGAGCACUGAAUUCGAUUCCUCUGUAAAAAUAUAGUCAUCCUUAGCUAACUACUAUUACAUAAAAAUUAUGAAAUUAUUAAGUGCACGAGAAAUAAUUUAACACAUUUACUCAGUUUUUGUUACAUAUAUAUACUCUGCACGCAUUGAAAAGUUAUUUUUGAUUAGUAACAAAAUGAAAGUGUCGCACUUAUUUUUUUAUUCAAACUGGCCUUUCUCAAUGAUCAAUUGAUUUUGGACAGUAGGGAAUAGUUCGUGGUAGGACAGCGGCCCAUAGUCUUACCUGCUGCGCAUGUUAUAAUCUGCAGAAAAAAUUAAUUUCACAGGAGCUUGAAAUGCAUAGAAAAUGCAUAUAUGAAUAUUUACCUUUACUAUGAGACCAGCUUGCUCGUAAAAUGAAAACACAUAUUUUUUACAAUAAUUGCUAAUGGCAAAAGUAAAAUAUCGUUUCUUUGCAGUUUAGUGGCAACAUGAAGAUAUAUGAAGUUAUUACGUUUCGUACAAAAAAAGAACAAUAGAAAUUGCUAAUUGAUGUAAUAUUCAACAAAAAAUUGAUUGUUGACCAGGAUAUGGAACGAUUCUAAAAUAGUAAUUUCGUUUUACUUAAACUGUAACUACUCAAUUCAUUACAUUAAAUUUUCUCGAUUGGUUUGAAUGUUUAA